UUGAAAUCCGACCGUAUAUGCGCUCCCAUUUCUAAACAUAGUUUCCGAGCGAUCUCUCUCCAUCUCCGCAUUCCCGAUCAUCCCGACGCUGCUCUUCUCUCGCUGCCCCCUAUCUCUCUGUCUUUCUGUGCGCGCGCGCCGGUCUUCUGAGAGAGAAAAAUGCCGAAGAGGACGACACACACGUACUCGAGCGAGGAUGCGGCGCCAGAUGGCCCCGAAUCCGAUCUCUUCGUCUACUACUGCAAACACUGUAGCUCUCACGUCCUCAUCACUGAUACCCAGUUACAGAAAAUGCCGAAACGUAAGACUGACAAGGCCAACGUGCUGGACAAAAUAAAGCAUCUUGCUCGAUUGAAUGUUAAGGAAGCAGGCAAAGUUCUUCUUAAACGUGGUGAGGGAAAACUUGAAAAGCAAUUCCGCAUGUCUUGUGUGGGUUGUGAUCUUUUGGUUUGUUAUCGUUCAGAAGAGGAUUUGGAGCUUGCUAAUUACAUUUAUAUUGUUGAUGGUGCACUCAGUUCAGUAGCAGCAGAAACAAAUCCACAGGAUGCUCCCGUUCCUCCUUGCAUAUCACAGUUGGAAGGUGGUCUCGUUCAAGUUGCAAUUGAAGUAGAAGAUCGUGCACAGCGUUCUGCCAUUACAAGAGUAAAUGCAGAUGAUGUUCGAGUGACUGUAGCUGCACCCGCUGCCCAUGGUGAAGCUAACAAUGAGUUGUUGGAAUUUAUGGGCAAGGUUUUAGGGUUGCGCCUAAGCCAAAUGACCCUCCAGAGAGGAUGGAACAAUAAAUCAAAGUUGCUUGUGGUUGAAGAUUUAACCGCAAGACAAGUAUAUGAGAAGCUUUUGGAGGCUGUGCAGCCCUGAGACUAUCUUACAGCGUCUUCUACCUGCAGAAUCUGUCACUAAUCACAUGUUUUGAACACAUUUUCCUGGUAGUUUGUGUUAUUAACAUAAUUUUCUUUGCUGAAGUAACUCUUUCAGAAGAUUUCUGGUGUUUACUAUGGUUUUCAGAUCUCUGAGGAACUCUAAUUAUUGUCUCCAAUCUAGCAGAAGAUUUUUACUCUUAUUGUAAGAUUUUCAUACAUACUGAAUGUCUCCUCUUCAUUUACAUAUC